UCCGCUCCGCGCUGCUCAGCGCUCCCAUUGCCGCGGCUCAGAGUUGGCUCAUCGGCGGAGCAUCGGCUCCGCUCCGCGCUGCUCAGCGCUCCCAAAGUUGGUUUGGUUUCAUCGGCGGAGCAUCGGCUCCGCGCCGCGCUCAGCCCGGGGAGCCGCUCAGACCUGCAGCCUAUGCGCGGCACGCCGGGGCAGCUGUCGCCAUACGUAUAACUUUUAAAUGGAAAAUGUCUUUCUCAAAGGCUGUCGAUGUCCAGUGGUCUGCAGUCCAUGAGCAGUUGACUAGUCCAGGUGUUUCUGCUUCUGUUCCUGUGCUAUGUGAAUUGGGAAUUCAAGAGAAGAGUGUGCAGGAUGGAGGAGUUGAGGGACAGUCGGCCCAAUAUGUCAAGACCUCUGAUCACUAGAUCCCCUGCAUCUCCAUUGAACAAUCAAGGCAUCCCCACUCCAGCACAGCUCACAAAAUCCAACGCACCAGUUCACAUUGAUGUGGGUGGGCACAUGUAUACCAGCAGCCUGGCCACGCUUACAAAAUAUCCCGAUUCCAGAAUUGGCCGGCUUUUCGAUGGCACGGAGCCCAUUGUCCUCGACAGUCUCAAGCAGCAUUAUUUCAUCGACAGAGAUGGGCAGAUGUUCAGAUAUAUCUUGAAUUUCUUAAGGACAUCAAAACUCCUCAUUCCUGAUGAUUUCAAGGACUACAGCUUGUUAUAUGAAGAAGCAAAGUAUUUCCAGCUUCAGCCCAUGCUAGGAGAGAUGGAACGGUGGAAACAGGACCGGGAGAGCGGCCGCUUCUCAAAGUCCUGCGAGUGCCUGGUGGUGCGAGUGGCCCCAGAUCUCGGCGAGAGGAUUACGCUGAGUGGAGAUAAGUCAUUGAUAGAGGAGGUGUUCCCGGAGAUCGGGGAUGUGAUGUGUAACUCCGUCAACGCCGGCUGGAACCACGACUCCACACACGUCAUCCGCUUCCCGCUGAACGGAUACUGCCACCUCAACUCAGUUCAGGUACUUGAGAGGUUACAGCAAAGAGGGUUUGAGAUUGUUGGCUCAUGUGGAGGUGGAGUGGACUCUUCCCAAUUCAGUGAAUACGUACUGAGACGAGAACUCAGAAGGACAUCUCGUGCACCCUCUGUCAUUCGAAUAAAGCAAGAGCCUCUGGACUAAAAUGGACAUGUUUCUUUAUGCAAAAAAAAAAAAAAAAAAAAGGAAAACAAAGAGGAAAAACAAAAAGGGGGACAUUUCAUGUGCAGUUUGGACUCCAAACAAGUCCUGGAACUAAAAUUGAAUAAUAAAAGACACAUUUAUAUCAAAUAUAGAGACCACACCUGAAUUCAUAUGGGAACACUUGGAAUAGUAGUGAUAAUAAUAAUAACCUCAAGGUAUAAAAGAAAACACACACACACACAUAAAAAAAAUAUGUAUGUAUAUGUAUGUCUGUACAUAUAUAUAUGUAUGUAUAUGUCAAAGGGUAGGAAAUGCAAUGACAAAAUGUGGUAGAUGAGGUUGGUGCUGUGAUGGCCAUUAAGUGUCCCAGGCCCUUCCCGGGCCCACUUAACGGUGUACAAGCCAUUGCCAGGGGGGGUUCAUGGACUGUUCUUCACCCAUUUUCAUUGCCAAACAGCCAUCCACUUUUUAAUGUGUACACACCUUGACUCAACUUUAUUUGCAUAUGGAGGUUUAUGUCUGUCUUUUUUAGAGGUGGAUGGGCAGGUGUUCAGGAGACGACCAUCCAUUGCAUUGGAAAGCUGAAAUUUUAAAUGUAGUUUGUACAGAAGUCGCACACUUUUUGUCAGCCCUCACAGAUGUGAAAGGUUAACUUUUCUUUUGAAUGAGUUUUUUUGUUGUUUUGUUUUGUGUUUUUCAAAGGGGGCCAGAAUAAUUAAUAUUUGGUAGAGAUGCUCUGGUUUGAAUCUGCUGCUUUCCUACAAUUUUUUCAAAUUUUAUAAUGUAUUAAAUACAAUAAAAUCCUGUUUAAAAUAACAAGGGUCUGGUUUAAGCCAACAGAAGCAGAGAGGGGGAUUGCACUGCACUCCAGCAUGUAGAGGGGCAAGGCAGUGGGCAGGCAGAGCUGCCUGCACAGGGUGGAGUGAGUUUAAGGCAGCAGAGGCUGUUGAGGAAUAUUCUGGUGUGGUGCACAUGGCUGCUGUUCCUUCAGCACUGUCCCAGCUGGAAGAGAAACUGUUGGUCAGACAUCAAAAUAACACCAGCUCAGCCCAGGGAAACCCAUGAAAAAAUGACACCUUGUUCUGUAACCUUCCGUGUAACAGCGAAUCCUUGCAUCGUUCCCUCUUGAUUAAGGAGUUGGCAGCUUUGACUCUCCAAGCCCUUGCCCUGCUGAGUGUUAGUCAGCCUGUUUGGUUUUCAGGUUGCUCAUUUCCCUCAUUUCAAGCCGUUGUUCUGUCAGAGAGUGACAUGGCCAGCCCCUUGUGUUACCAUCGGCUGUGUCCCUGGGUAGCAGGCAGUAAUUCCACGUUCUGCAUUGGAAGCCCUGCCAGCUGCUCUCUUGCAGAGUCUCUCUGUGCCACCUCUGCAGGCAUGGGCUCCAGGCCUGUAGGAUUUUGCAGAGGCACCACAUCCCAAUGCCACUGCACAGACUGCUCACGGGUUGAUGCACCAGCAACCACCACCUUUCCUCCAAAGUCUCCUUUUUUGCACUGUUACAGAAUAUGUGUGUUCAUCCUGGUGUGGAAAUUUCUAUCAAUGCAAUGGUGCUGGCAUUCCAUUCAUUUUGGUGACACUUUGCUAUUUAUUUAAGAAAGAAAAAGGGAAACUGUUAGAUACAUGUAACAAGGUUUCCAAUAUAGUCUAACCAAAAAAAAAAAAAAACGUUACAUUUUUUCUGGUUUUUAUUAAAAUGUGUCUGAGGACAUCUUUAAAUAACUGGCAUCACAUAUCAAUGGUUUGGAAUUACUGAAGUGUGAAAAUGGGUGAGGGAGGGGCCUCUAAAAAUUAAGGUUCAUUAGUGGGUUAUUAGAUCUUCAAUGUGAUGCUGAUCUGUCUAUUCACAGUACUGAAACAGCUGCCUCAUUGAAAAUGCUUGUUUUCAAUUAGCAGCAAGAAGUCCUCUUACAAAAUAAACAAAUGCUUGCUCUUACUGCCCACAAUUUGGUUGUUAGUCUGAAUAGAAGUUGAAAGCUAAAACCCAGGGAAAUAAAUAUUUUUAACAGAUCUUCAAA